AUGGACUUCGAAAAUCUGGGAUUAUCACCAGUCUCAGGCUCUCCGUUGCCUGGUGAUCAAAGUAUAGAAGAGAACUUGGGACUCACUGAUGGAGUACCCAUGCUCAAGAACAAGACAAAGAGAUUGAACUACAACCUGAAUACCGAGCUGUUACUUUCGAAAAGGGGGCUUCCUGAGUUGAGACGAUAUGCAUCGAAUUUCAAGUUUAAACGCCAUCAACCGUCGCGACUAAGACGCGAUCCACGACGCGACAAGUUUGUGAACUCGGUCGCGUUCCAGAACCUCACCCGGAUUCUGCAAAUGUACCAGGUUUGGGGCCACAAUAUUUUCCCAAAGGCAAGAUUGGCGGAUUUUAUUGAUUUGGUGAAGAAAACGGGCAAUAAGAAGGAGAUCAAGGCAUACCGGAUUGAGUGCAUUGAAGAAGAGGUUGCUAGGAUUCGCGGGUUGGAGCAUGGGUUUGGAAUAGAUAUUGGUGAGGAUGCGGGUAAUGGAGACAAUUUGAAGAAUACAAACUCUACCAAUGACAAUCUUCCAAACCGUCAAUCUCAGAGUGUUGAUGAAGACGAGGACGAUGAAGAAAUCAGACGUCCCACCCGAACCAACAAUCUCUUUGUUGGAGACGAUUAUGAUGACUCGGAACCUGCUCCAACAUCGACAUCUCAACCUCCUGAUGAGCUUGAAAGUCUGCUCACAAGAAAUAACGAUGACAACUUGGACGAUUUUGACUUAGCGGAUUUCGCUGAAAACGAGGCAGAUCAGUAUGAGGAUGAGAUGGAUGUCAUGAGGGAAUUGGGAAUAUGA